UCGAGAUGGGCGACCUUGUCGAAGAGGCGUGUCUACGAUGCGCCCGUGCAUAUCACUCGAUAACACGUAAUUCGCAUUAGCCUAAUUGAGAAAUUAUCUUUUCAUGAUUCAACAAUCGGCAAUAAGCGCAACGUGACGUGGCAAAUUAUGCGAGGCGAUAUUAAAAAGAUGGCAAGAGAUAACCAUAUUGCGCAAUGUUGCGGGAUACGAGGGAGUGAUGAAUUGACCGGCAUUGUUGGAGUGUCAUUAUCGUCGGUAGUUAUACGCGGCGCUACGCGACGAGAGGAGUGCGGCAGUGGCUCCAUAUAUAAACGGAUGCAACGAAUCAUGAUUCGUAAUUUCUACCGAGUAACGUCGCCGUUAGCUCUGCGGGGGAACGGGACGCGCAUGAAGCACACCAUGGCUGGUAUUCUGACGGAGCGCGUGCCCUUUUCGAGAGAUUUCCUGUUUCGCCAGCUUUUCGAUCCAGUGUCCAGUACGUACACGUAUUUGCUGGCCGAUGUCAACGAUAAGGAAGCGAUUCUGAUCGAUCCGGUCAUCGAAUGGGCCGAUCGUGACAAAACAAUCGUCGAGGAGCUGGGAUUAACGCUGAAAUACGCCCUGAACACGCACAUGCACGCGGACCACAUUACUGGAACGGGCCGACUGAAGCGCCUGUUGCCCGGCUGCAAAUCCAUGAUAUCGCGCAGCAGCGGCGCCGAGGCGGACGUGCUCCUGGAGCCGCAUGAUCAAGUCCAAUUCGGCAGGCACCAACUGAGAGUACUGCCCACUCCGGGUCACACCGAAGGUUGCGUCACGUAUGUUUGCGACGAGCAGGCAAUCGCGUUCACGGGUGAUGCGCUCCUGAUACGGGGAUGCGGAAGAACUGAUUUUCAGGGCGGAUCCGCCGCGAUCCUGUACAAAUCCGUUCACGAGAUGAUCUUCACGCUGCCGCGAAAUUACCGGCUAUACCCCGCACACGAUUACAACGGCAGAACCGUCACCAGCGUGGCCGAGGAGGUAGCCCUUAAUCCCAGGCUGUCCAAGUCGUUGGAGGAGUUCAUCCGAAUUAUGAACAACCUCAACCUGCCUUAUCCCAAGAUGAUCGAUAAAGCUGUACCGGCCAACAAAGUUUGCGGUCUAUACGAGGUGGAAGAAGAAAAGGGCGAACAAUGAAAAUUAUUGACAGCGUUGCAGCGCCGAUGCACUAGCACGCUAGUAUUGUAAUUCUACACAACUCUAUUAAUAAUACAUGGUCCUGAUAGUUAAGGUUUACAUGUCACGACUAGCGAGGAUUAUUCCCGAUUUUAACCCUGUCGAUAUUAUUAACCCUAAUCGAUAUUCGCGGGUCCAGCGAACUUUUUUUUCAAUUAAGCGCUAAAACUCCAAAUAGCGUUGUAAAAAAUUGUUUAUAACAAAUAUAUUUUUCAAACUCAACUUUACGUAAUUUUAAAUUGCAAUAAUCUUAUUCUUCGGAUUUUUACCUUUAAGAUGAAAAAGAAAUGAUUCAACUGCGUUAAUUUUAAAGCAACGAUAGAGAUUAACUGAAAGUUUUAUCGGGUGAUUGAACCCGCGAAUAGGAACCCAGUUGAGGAAAUUUCGGAGUAAAUACCGAAGGUUAAUAAUAAAUGGAGGAAUAGUCACGUGUAUCUUAUUAGUUUUAACAGAAAGUAUUGAAAAGAAUGAUACAAGGCAUAUGUGAUAUUAUGAUAGAUAGUAAUUUUUAAUAUAUAAUUUACGUACACAUAA